AGCAAUUUAGUUAACUAAGCUCGGUAAUCGAGGUGCAGAGCUAAGCAAAUACGCUGUAUUUGCACAGAACGUAUUCUUAAUAUCAUUAGCAAACUGAUAAUAAGCAAUAAUAAGCGGAUUUGGGAAGAGCAGGGUCGCCGUUGAAAUCGGAUUAAAUCGGAGAGGAAAACGGGCUCAUUAUUUAAUUUCGAAAACGAUGUCGUCCUUGGCGGAGUACGCACGCAAGUAAAAUAAAAUUCAACUCAAGUGCGGCAAUUCUGUAACAAAAAUAUUAUUUUUUUUUUUGGCGUGAAUAAAAGAGUUCAGUUCGUGUUUCUCAUAUCGACGGUAACAAUCGUAACGGAAUCGUCUCAAUCAGUUUUACGGGAUGAAUGAAUGACUACACGAGACAGCGAAUUACGUCAGAAACAUAGUAGUUAUACAAUUUUAUUUUGGUCCGCUACAUUCGCGCUCCUAACUGAAACAGAAACGCUACAAUUCUGUUUAGCACACAAAAAAAUUAGUAAAAUAAAGUUUACAAAAUGUCAUCUUGCAAUCUGAAGACAUAGUUCAUGCAUUCAUUUCAAACAAAUUGAAAGAAUCAUAUAGUUGCUGGUGCCUCCUGAAAGAAUAUCAAUAAAAAAACAUAAUGGAAUUCGGAGUUGGUGGUUUAGCUGCAGUCUGUGCGGGUUUCUUCACGAAUCCUUUGGAAGUGAUGAAAGUGCGGAUGCAGUUGCAGGGAGAGUUGAACGCGCGCGGUAAACACGCCGUGCAUUACAGAAACGUCUUUCACGCUGGUUACGUAAUAGCGAAGCACGAUGGCAUUUUGGCACUGCAGGCUGGAUUGGUUCCUGCCCUCUGGUUCCAGCUCUUCCUCAACGGUUUCCGUUUAGGUUCCUAUCAAACGUUAGCAAAUCGCGGUUUCAUGACCGACGAAAAGGGCAAGAUCGUAUUCUACAGGACUGUGAUUGCUGGUGGCGUCUGCGGUGGCGUCGGCGCCAUCAUCGGAAGUCCUCUUUACCUCAUCAAGACGCAUCUGCAAGCGAACGCUGCCAAAGAAAUCGCUUUUGGACACCAACACCAACAUGGAGGCAUGGUUCAAGGAUUCGCUAAUAUCUUCAAGAGUCAUGGUGUUACAGGUUUGUUCAGGGGGGCGUCCGCCGCGAUUCCGAGAGCUUUCUUCGGGUCGACGGCUCAACUGACCUCGUUCAACUACUGCAAGGUUUGGCUCGCAAACUACGACUUCUUUAAGGGCAAACCCUUGUCCUCGACCUUCGCCGCGAGCAUGGUCGGAGGCAUUGUCGUCGCCGUCGUCAUGACGCCCUUCGAUCUGAUCUCAACCAGACUCUACAAUCAAGGUGUAGACGCAAAGGGAAAGGGAUUGUUGUACAACAAUUAUCUGGAUUGCGUUCUGAAAAUCCAAAGAUCCGAAGGUUUCCUAGGUUUCUACAAAGGUUUGGGCGCAUGCUACUUCCGGUUAGGUCCUCACACGGUCCUAACACUGGUCUUCUGGGACCAACUGAAGAGCUAUUACGACUCCUACCAGAUGCAGCAGAAGAUGUGAUCACCGCUGUCUUUAGGUUUAGUCUUUCUUUUCUAGUGAAACAAUUGAGAACAAAUUGAAAAACAAAAGAGAGUAAAAGUCUUUAAAAAAAUUUGUUUACGUUAACGUUUCUAUGACGUCUUUGCAUUGAUAAAACAAAAAAUGUAUAUUAAAUAACUGCGAGAUAACAUAGUGUAUAAAAAAAAUUGUUGUUUUUUUUCUUCUAAAUUUAGUUUUGAAAUUUUUCUGUUGUUCGAAUUGGGAAAAAUCUUCCUUUUGUUUAAAAUAUGAAACUUUGAUCGGUGAUGCAAGAUUGGGAUACACUGGAGGUUGCACAACCUGAAAAAUAAUUGAAUACCGCGCAGUGUGCGUAUCUGUACGUAUGUACGUUUGCUGCAACAAUUAUGCAACGAGUUCGAAAACCCCAUUCGGUUUGCGAUCAUUUUCUUAUCGCGCACUCGGUUUUCCUGUUCAAUCUCAUUAUGGCAUUACUUUUUGUUGUUGUUGUUGUUCUUGUCUUUAAUUGAACAACGGCGCUGAGUUUCGCAAAUGACGUAACCGCAAAAGAGAUAUAUAUAUAUACAUAUUGUGUUUAUAAUAAACACACGUCCGGCUUUAUACGCACAAAACUAUAGCGCUUUUUCGCACUUUGGACUCGGCGUUCGCAUUGCAUCGAGUCUUUAGAUACAUUUAAUUAUAUGAGACUCGUACAUAUAUUUAUUUACACAAAUCCAAUGAUAGAACUGAAGUAAUUACAAUUAAUUUCAUGUCGUUUCCAAGGUUUACAUGUUGCAUGUGGAUUUUUGCUUUUUCCAAUUGGAAUCUCGUUUGGAAAUCUCGUGGAAACGGGGUACGGGUCGUUAGACCUUGCGUUUGUGAAUUAAAACAAUCGACACGCAAUCCGUUUUAUCAAUCCGAUGAUAAUUAAACGGAAUAAGGUCAAUAAUUUUAUUUUUUUCACACAGAAAAUUCACAUAUUUGUACAUUUACAGAUUCAAGUACUUU